GUCUUCACUGAUUGGUUGUUGGUACUUCCUCCAAUGCCGGAUGUGAGCUGAAGAAGUCAAGAUGGGCACUCGUUUGAAGGUGCUACAUGUGUUUAAAACGCUGCACAGAACGAGGAUGUCUGUAUUCAAAGAUGAUAACAUAGGACUGACAGCUGCAAGGUUAAAGAUCAACGAGGAGUUCAAGAAAAACAAAAACGAAACGUCAGAAGAAAACAUUAAGAAGAUGAUCAAAAUGGGCUCAGAUGUGGAAGCUGUCCUUCGAGAGGCUGUGAUACAGCUGGAACAUGUGGGAGAAAAGAAGCUGUUGCUUCGACCCAGAGAGAGUCUUCUACUAGAAAAUGUACCCUAUUGUGACCAGCCCAGGAAAAAGACAUGACAGACCAUUUCAUUACGUCCUUUUCAUCAAGAAAGAGACUCCCUAUCAUCCAUUACCAACCAUUUGCAUUUUAAAGGAUUUACCCCAAACAACAUUUCAAGUUGUUGAGGAUCUCCUGAACAGAGACUAUUUUAAAGAUCAUCGCUACACAGAGAAAUGCCUGUAUUUGAUUCUCUGAAGAUUUCAGCUGUUUGUGUAUUGCUUUAAUAAAUCUGUAAACUGGAUGUCAUAAUUCCUUGUACAGUAUUUAAUCACAUGUAAUUGAAAUGUGUUUUCAUUUCACGACUUGGACGUUUUCUGCCUAUUUUUCAGUAGCGUAUGGUUCAACUGAACUACGGGGAAAUGUUAUUGUGCUGCUACUGAAAAAAACUUGUUUUAUUGUGUUGUGAUUAAAGAGGAGUAUUCCUA